CAAAAAUCAUUACAAUCCUGUCUGACUGAAUGUAAUCAGGUACUGGGAACAGUAAUUAAAGGAAAGAACUGGAAUAAAUGUGAUUAUACUAGGAUAAUACCUUAAACUAUAACAAAAUCUGUAGUUGAAGAGACAAUUGUAUGUAUAUAUACUGGAUGAUUCAAUUUAUAUGGAAAUUCUAUAACAUAUGAACAAAGAGGAAAGCAGCAGUGGACCUCAAGAUUUCUUCUGAAUAGGAUUUCAAAUGAUGCUUUUCAUGGAGGUGGUUGUAAGAUGACAUACAAGUAACUGAAAAUCACAAGCCGAAAAAUCUUCAACAAUGAAUCAUCAUGCUCCAGCCCCAACUAAACAACAUUAUACAGCCUUCCAUACAGAUGAUGAUAUUCAAGGGGCCGUAACUCAAUUCUUGGAAGAUGAAUCUCAUGUACUUCAAGGAAAAACCAUACAUGAAGGCAUCGGUGAGAUUUCACAAUGGCUAGGAGGCAUGAUACAGCAAGAAAGAGAAGGCUGGGCUUAUAAAAUCAAAAUGUCUAUGCAAGAAAUAGAAAAUCAUCGUAGGGAAGCUCUCAAAGUACAAAGUGUAAUUCAAGAUUGUGGUCGGCAACUUCAUCUUAUAUCUGAAUGCUGUAACAUGGAUACUAAAACUCUGGCAGAUAUUGAACAGGAAGAGGCGAAAAAGGCCCUGCCAAUGUAUAUAGAGUGUGUAACUGACCUCAUUAAUUCAUUAGUCGAGGACCGUCUGGAAUGUCUUCAAGUCUUACAUAUAAAAUAUAAUGAUGGGUCGUCCAUCUGCAAGAUGUUGAAAUCGUAUCUACAAGAAACUCAAGUGAAUGCUGACAACACUAUAAUUGAUCUGACAAUGAGAAUGGAAGCACUGGAACAAAAAAAUAAAGAACUGACCAGUGAGGUUCGGAAACUUCAGAAGCAGGUCAAUAACAAGCAGCAAGAUCUGGAUAGAUUAACAAACAUUUUACAAUCUGUCACUGAGGAAAAAAUACUAGGCAAAAAAGGCGGGAAACAUAAUGGCUAUUCUGAGUCAAUGUUUCCAAGUAUUUAUGACCGUGCAAGUUCACCAAACUCGAUUAGAAGUUAUGCUUCAUCAAGAGAUGAUAAGGACAUUAAAAUAACCAAAGAGAAACUGAAAAAAAUCAAACAUAGUGCCAAAAAGUUAGAAAAUUCUUUACAAGAUGCUUUAUCACAAAUUGAUCAGUUCCGUAAAGGUUCCGAAUCAACAAUGAAAUACAGUCAUGCAUCAAUGAUUGCACAUAAUAUGAAAAUACGGCCACUUCUUGCAAGGACAGCAAGUUCUUCUGAUACAGAGUCAAUGAGAGAUGGAAACACUACAACUCGUCGACAACUUCCACAACCACCGAUUCAAACUAACGACAAUCAAGAAUUAGAGGUCAGUGCACAUACAAACGUCCUUCAAACACCCGGAAAAGAGGGUGGCAAAGAAAAUGAAAGACCACCUCCAGCAUUGAAAUCAAAACAGCCAUCAAAAAGCAAACGAAGAUAUCAAGAUAGUAAUGUAUCUAGAGGAAGUGGUGAUGGUUCAGUACAACUCAGGGGAGACAAGACCAACACCAGCCACUCAUGCACCUUCCGAACAUUGGUUCGAUCGCUGGACGAAAUAAGAACCAGAAAGUCAUAUAAAAAAGGUGGGAAAGUUUCUAAAUGCUUACGUUGCCAAAAAUUGUUUACUCUGAAUGACAAUCAUAAAAAAGCCUGUCGAUAUCACUCACGCAAUAAAGAGAGACGUGAAGAGUAUACAAACAAAGGGAAGUUAUCCAGGGUGAACUAUGUAUGGCAGUGUUGCCAUCAAGGGGGAGAUAACCCAGGUUGUUGCUAUGGACACCAUUUAUAAAAAUGGACACAUUAGCAAUUUCAAACAAUUGAAUGCAAACUUUAAAAAGGGAUGCAAAUUAAACAUUUUAUACAUUCUUUGCAACCUCCUGAAAUUGACAAGAAUGAUCCAAGGUUGACAUUUUUUAGUUUCACUCAUUCUUUUGCAAUUUCAUCUGAAUGUUAUUGUAAACACCUAUUGCAAUCAUUACCUAGAAAAUCUGUUUGUUGGUUAUGGGCAUAAAAUAGCAGUCAUUAAACAAAAAUAAUUAGAAAACUAUAAGGUAAAUUAUGAUUUAGAUUUCUGGCAGUUUGAACCCUAUGUUAGACACUUAUUAUUUAUUAGGAUUACUAGUUUCCUUCCAAUAAUUGGUGCUUCUCUGUAAGUACUUCAAAGUUAACUUCACAUAUGGAAAUUAGAUGCAAUGACAAUAGCCAAGCUUACUGGCAGUGGCUUUUAACAGUAAAUAUGCAAGCAAUCAAUUGGUUGUUUCUAGAAACUGAUUAUUCAUAAAAAAAAACUAAGACUAUAUUACAAUACAUGACAAUUCUUUUAUAUUAUUUUCAAAAUAUCUUUCAAUAAAUCUGUACUCAAACUAAGAGAGCACUUUACAAACGGAGUGAAUUAAUAUCCACCAUUUUAAUAUCAGAUCAUACAAAUAUUAGGUGGUAUUAAUAUAAUGUAAAUUAACUGGAUUUAAUUUAUAAUGACAAAAGAAUUUAUUUAACAUCAUUGAGGUAAACAAUAAUACAAACAUAUCUAAGUUCA